AUAGCUCGCCUUAUUCGAUUCACACCGAACGAAAUUUACGUAAGCCAAGAUACACAAAUCGACGCCAACAGCAAAUCCAAGUAUUUUUCCCUUACUUAAAUGGGCCAACUAAAAUUGUUUCAAGCCUUUUCUAAUUAGAAAAGAAAGACAAAGUGUCAUUCAAUUCCCUGUUUAAAUUCCAUGUUUUUGUGUCUCUCUUCCGCCGAGUUUUAAGCUGUUGGUUACUUCAACUCAACAAAAGCCACCAAGAGUAAACUAAGCAACACUCCAGACUUUCCGGGAAACUGAAGAAUGUUACAUGUUAUGAUGAAGUUGCAGAGAUGUUGAAGGAUUCAAGGCUUAUAGUCUAUUGAAGAAAAAACACCGGCAUUUUUUUUAAACUCGUAAGGAUUUUGAAAAGGAAAUUAUGGAUCAGUAUAACGAAAUUGACAUGGAAGAUUCUGAGUAUGGACAAUUUUUUAACAAUCUUGAGCAGUUUGGUUUUCAUCCUGACGGCAAUGAUGAUGGUGAUGAUGAUGAUGAUGAUGUUGCUGCUGCUGCUUCUGCUGAUGUUGGUGGUGGUGGUGGUGGUGGUGACGAUGACAACGAUGACAAUGAUGAGGAAGAAGAGCUGGAGAAGAAUCCUGAAUAUAAUUGUUUUUUGGAGAAUUUAAAACUAGAUGAGAAUGGGGAAUCAUACACGGUCCAAAUUCCAUUUAGCUCUGAUGUCUCACUUGUGCUUAAGUAUGAGGGAAAGGAAGAAGAGUCCUUUGAGAAUGUGGAUAGGCAGACAAAUUCCAAGAGUAAUUUGAAAAGAGAAAAGGCUAAGGUUUCUGACAUUUUGGGUGGUUUUUCAAGGAAAGCAAGGCCUGAUACUGUGAAGAGACCUUUGGAGAUCAGAGAUGAAAGGAGUAAGAAAAAAUUAAGAAAUUCUCCUGGCCAGGAAAGACAAAGUGGAGAUAAUGAAAACAAACUAGAAGAGGAAGUUGAGGCUGAUCCAGUUGCUUGUAAAUCAAGUGGAGAACCAUCGAAGAUGAUGAAUUAUGCUAUUAAAGAUGAACACUGCACUCAGUUUCUGGUUUCACUUGAUAAGUCUGGCACCAAAACUGAACCGAGCUAUGAAAAGGGUCAUCAAAGUACACAUCAGAAAUAUGAUGGCAGUUGUCCUGAUGUAGAAGUAUUUACAUUGGAUAAUAUGCCUUUAUGCAAAGGAGAUUAUACACCAUUUGUGCCAUCAAAAUGCUAUCAAUCAUUGGUAUAUAUAUAUCUUUGCUUUGUAACCCUCUAUAUUGCUUUUGUUCUUAUUUUCCUUUAUCUUUGCUUUGUAACUCUCUAUAUUGCUUUUGUUCUUAUUUUCCUUUAUCUUUGCUUUGUAACUCUCUAA